GAAAAUGCCAUUAGUAGUGCAGUACCAGAGAUAUUUUUGAUAGAACCCUUUUAAUUUAUAAAAUACAGUAGUGAGUGCAUUCCGGGCCGUACUGUACCCAUGAAUAUGGAUAACUGUCAACAAGAACUGAGUGCGCAGCAGCAGGAGGAUAUAAAAAUGGACAAUCUAUUUGGAAAGGAAGAUGAUUCGGGCAAUGACGAGUCUCUUGAAAGUGAUUUGAGAGAUGAUGGAAUACCAGUUUUAAUGGACAGUAUAGAAAAAAAAGAUGUGGAUGAGGGUAGUACAGAGAGAGAAUUGGUACCGCCAGUCAGGGUGAAGGAAGAUUACAUGAUGGAGAAUGACUAUGCUACGAGUUCUCAGUCACAGUCAGAUAAUGAAGAAAGCAAUGCAAUUGAGAAGUCGUCAGUGACAUCGGUUGUUCCGAGCGGCGGAUACAUUAAAAGUGAGAUUGAGUUCAAAGAUGAUCACGAGCAGCGAAUGUCAGAAGACAUAUUCGAAAAUGACAUUAUGAUUCCCAAUGUUACUCCAAGUAAUAUUAAUGAGCGCCGAGAGAGCAAGGAAAAAAGUAAAAGGGAGCUUGAGGAAGAAGAAAGAGAGAAAAUGCAGGUUUUGGUAUCCAACUUUACGGAGGAUCAGCUUGAUAGAUAUGAAAUGUAUAGACGGGCUGCCUUCCCCAAGGCUGCCAUCAAACGAAUUAUGCAAACGAUAACAGGAUGUUCGGUAUCUCAGAACGUGGUGAUUGCAAUGUCGGGUAUAGCAAAGGUCUUUGUUGGGGAGAUUGUUGAAGAAGCUUUAGAUGUGAUGGAAACACAUGAGGAAACGGGACCAUUGCAGCCCAAGCAUUUGAGAGAAGCUGUUCGAAGACUGAGGCUGCUAGGCCAGAUUCCAAAUGGAAGAGCGCAUAAGUCCUUUUUUAGAUUAUAAUAAUACUAGUCACUUACUCCUCUUUUUUUCUAUUCACAGUAUUUCUAGCGUAUUCUCAUACAUUCAGGCCAAAUCUAUUCUAGUUGUAAUGCCCAUGUGAGUGCGAAAGGAAGCCCUUAUUGCAAGGGCGUCCAUGUAUCACGUGACUGGUAUGAAUUAUAAUUGAAAUUAGAGCUUGGACCUUAGAGUAUACUUGGGGUUGUGGAAAUUAAUUUAAUUUAUCGCCCAUAUAUUAUUAAUGUAGAUACAUAAGAAGUGUGUAAAUAACCCUACUUUUUAUAAUGUUCCCACAUAAAAACACAACAUUUUGUGUGACAUGUUUUUGAAAAAAU